AAUGAUCUGAAGUUACACUCAAACUAUUGUGUUUUUACCCAUAAAUUACGAGUACCAAAAUUGCCCAACCCAAGGCGAAUUCAUACAAUGUGCUAGCGGCAGCACAAAAACAAAAAACUACACUAACAGAUUAUUCACACGACGUCAAUCAGAAUACAAAAAAUAUACAACAAAUACAUGAAUUUGUGAAUCCGCAUAAUUCGCCUUGAAAUCAGCUGCUCCGGUAACUCCACCUUGUAUGAUCUCGCCUUGGUACAAUAACUCGUUUUGGAAGCACCAUUUUCAUUAUUAUUUCCCCUUCUCCCCUCUCUUUCCAUACAAUUCCAGCAGUGAAAUGGCCGACUAUUUCGAAGACAUGGGUCACGAGCCGACAGGCGCCGAGGGUCCUAAUGAUUUUGCCAAACAUUUCAAGCGCCUGCAAGUGUUGGCCAUCAUGAACGGCAUCGACAUGGAAAUCGAGGUGCCCGAGGCGUCUAAGCGCGCCAUUGCCGCACUGCCGGACCAUAUCAUUACCGCAGCAGAUGUGGCGCAGGAACUGGAGUGCGCGGUUUGCAAGCAGCCAGCAGAGGUCGAUGAGAAGUACAAAAUUUUGCCAUGCAAGCACGAGUUUCACGAGGAGUGUGUGCUACUGUGGCUGAAAAAGGCCAACUCAUGUCCAAUGUGCCGUUACGAAUUGGAAACCGAUGAUCCAGUCUAUGAAGAGUUACGCGAGUUUCGCCAAGAUGAAACCAAUCGUCGCGCUCGACAAGACUACAUGAUGGACUCAAUGUUUUCCUAAAUAAAUUUAAUCUUAAUUUUAGUAUUAUUGAAAUGGUGGCGGUGGGGAAAAGGAAUAGAUUUUCGGCGGACAAGGUUUCGAAAUAAAUAGCGUUUGAAAAGAA